ACUUGCAGCGAUGCUCCAUCAUCUGUAAACUCACUGCGCGCGGCAUCGUUGGGUGCCAGCACCAGACUGAACGGUUUCAUUCUUUAUGGUUUAUGGGGACAAAACUGGCCACUCUGUCAGACGAAACGCGUUAUUUUAAACUUGGAUAUGGAGUUAAUUUGUUAUCAUUUGAAGUAGCGCGGACUAUUAUCUGUAAAAUGAGAUCAAUGAGUGUAUCCAUUAUAAAGUUUAGUAGUAUUUGAUGUAAAGAUUAUAGCACUCUGGACAGUUGGACGUUAGGCUGUUCCGCAGCUUUACCGCCAACGAUCGCUGGGACAUCGAGGCGGAGCUGAUCCCGGGGAUGUUGUUUUCCUCUGCGCGGAGAGACGGGUCGGCGGUUCGGUGAGGGUCUAGUCCACGGAGGAGUACGCGCGCGGAUCGUCCUAGGGCAAACCGCACCGGUCUCGCGCAGCGGCUGACGAGAAAGCCCCCUCGCGCGUGGCAACACCUUUCUUUUCCCGCUUCCUUCCGCGGAGUUCGCGGGCUUCACCUCUCUGGGUUGUGGACUUGUAGGAAGGGGGGUAUUGAACAGGGACCGUCUUCUGUACCUGCUAUGCGCCUGGUGUGGAGAAUAACUCGUGGAUCCAUACUCUGCACCUGAAAUUUUCCUUUUUCAGUUGAUUCCUUUUUUCUCUUUUUUCUCUUUUUUUUUUUACAUGUGCGUAAUGUACCUGGAAUGAAGACAGAGGAUGGAUAUACUUUGGGAAAUAUUCAUCAUUCUCCAGGCAAACGUUCUUGUCCGCAUAUCAGCCCAGCCCCACCUGCCCAAGAUUAAUGAAGGAUGGUGGGCAUACAAGGAGGUGGUGCACGGAAGCUUUGUUCCGGUGCCGUCGUUCUGGGGCCUGGUGAACUCGGCGUGGAACCUGUGCUCUGUGGGCAAGAGGCAGUCACCGGUCAAAUAGAGACCAGUCACAUGAUCUUUGACCCCUUCCUCACGCCCAUCAAGCUGAACACGGGGGGACGCAAGGCCUACUUACUGACGGGUCUGAACAUCGAGGAGAUCUACCCUGAGACCAACAGCUUCAUCACCUACGACGGCUCCAUGACCAUCCCCCCUGCUACGAGACCGCCACGUGGAUCCUGAUGAACAAGCCCGUGUACAUCACUCGGAUGCAGAUGCACUCCCUGCGUCUGCUGAGCCAGAACCAGCCGCCUCAGAUCUUCCUGAGCAUGAGCGACAACGUGCGCCCGGUGCAGCCGCUCAACCACCGCUGCAUGCGCACCAACAUCAACUUCAGCAUGCAGGGCAAGGACUGCCCCAACAACAGGGCCCAGAAGCUCCAGUACCGAGUGAACGAGUGGCUGCUGAAGUAGGGGCCCCGCCCUCCCAGACGACUCCCCCACCCCCCACCAACACCCCACCCCCCCCACCAACACCCACACCACCACCACCCCCCCUCGUGGAGUCAGACGGAGGAACGGCAGGAGACAGACGGACGGACGGAUGGAGAGAUGACGGAGGAGAAGAGAAGGACGCAGGAGGAUGAAGAUGAAGAGGAGGAGGAGGAAGAGGAGGAGGAGGAUGGAUUUAAGCCAACGGAAAGAGAGACGUCUGUAAACGCAGGGGGGGAUUCGA